GGAGAGACGCGACGUUUGCGGGUCAGCCUAUUCGGGUGUCAUCCACCCUGAUAUAAACUAUCACUGUCGGAUCCCAGACACAACUUAGCGCAGCUGUCAGAGGUAACACAACAGAGAAGCUCAACGAUGAGUCAAUCAUGAAUCUGGAAUUAACAGGGAUGAUGCCAGUCAAGUUUUGCUGUUUGGUUUGGAUUGUAAUUCCGAAUCUGAUGACAUUACAGUGUUCCCCACAGCAACAUUCCGACCUUCAGAAAUGCAACAUUUCCCAUGCAGCCAAUGAAACAACAGUGGACUGCUCAAGGUGUGGUUUCAGCAGAGUCCCUCGAGGUUUUCCCAGAAACACAACCGAACUUAACCUAGGUAACAACAACUUAUCAAGCCUCCGGAACGGAUCACUGCCAUACCUUCCCUCAUUACAUACGCUGCUUGUGAAUGAUAACAACAUAGAGUUUCUGGAGGAAGGUGCUCUGCAAAACCUGCCUGCCCUUCAACGACUUAACUUAGAUGGGAAUAAAUUUAACUUUACCUAUUCCUCUCUUCCUCUUGGGACAUUUCAAAACCUGACAUCUCUGACAACACUUCGUGUGGGCAGAAUGAAGAUGCAGUUUUCAUCAUUGACAUAUCCUGACGCUACAUUUGCUGAUCUUCACUAUCUCGAGUCACUGGUUAUUGAUGGGGCUGGAGAACCCGUGUUUGGACCUGGCUUUGCACAAAUGAAGAGGCUGAAGAGUCUCACUUUUGGAUCACCUGUCCUUAUAAGACGUUUAGGGAAUAGCUCCUUUGUGAAUUUCAGGGAAGCACCUAUAAGCAACCUAACAUUGUCAUUGUGUAGAAAUCUAAUAUUUCUGGAUGACAAUGUCUUCUCUCCUUUUUUUGAACUUAGAUUCUUGCUUGCCAGAGACACCACACCCUUUGGAUUAUAUCCGUCUUUAUUAAGCCUAAAAGGACUAAGUGGAAGGAAUAUGACCGAAAUAGACUUUUCACAUGUACACAGAUAUGAUGUUACUGUCAAAGAUGUACUAAACAAUCAAACACUCAUGCUCACGUCUGAAAUGACCCGUUACCUUGUAACCAUAUGUGUUGAGCGACUGAUUCUUAGAGAUAAUAACAUAAUUGUGAUUGAGAGUAGUGCGCUAUUACAGGAACCAUUUCAAAGCUGUCUAAGAUAUAUUGACCUCAGACGAAAUGCUGUAAAUGGUGAGCCCAAGUGGCUGUUUCUUCUUCCUGAAUUCUAUAACCUUGUUGUUCUGGAUGUGUCAAAGCAGCUAAAUCAAUUGUAUCUUGGUGAUGGACAGGAUACAAAUUCCAAAGACUUGCUUGGGAAAUCAUGGGGAAACAUGACAUUCUAUCUUCCUCCGUUAUUGGAGAAACUUUUAUUGAGUGGGUCAGGCGCACAUGAUAGAGUUUUUAAGGCGACUAACAUAUUUUUUCAUGGAGGUGAACACUUGACAUAUUUGGAUCUUUCUUAUUCUGCCUUGAUAAUGAUUUCAUGGCGUAUUUAUGGUGUAGAGCAUGUAAAAUAUCUUGAUUUUACAGGGAAUUUCUUUCAAAAUAUACCGUUGACAUUUUUUCAAUCAUUCCCAAACGUCAUGAUACUGUAUCUAAACAAUGUUCACUUUGAUACUGAUUUAAUGUCUAACAUGCGAUCCCAGACACUGUUUAGUCCGCUGAGAAACGUCCGUUCAUUAGAUAUAUCCUUUAACUCUUUAUACAAAAUGUAUACACAUAUAUUCGGGGAUCUUAAAACCUUAAAAUAUUUGAACUUAAGCCGUAAUGUGUUUGAAGAUGUCCCUAUUGAAUUGUCUGGAAUGUUAAACAUCACUCAUAUUGAUCUUUCAUUUAAUUCCAUCGGUGUUCUGAGCACAAAUACAAGAACAAUGUUAGAUGAAAGGGUAUUUGAUUCGCAGCAGUUUUCACUUGACCUUCAUGGAAACAUCCUGUCCUGUGGAUGUGGAGCCCUGGACUUUCUGACGUGGAUAAUUGACACAGAUGUCCAGUUUCGACGCUUUGACUCGUACAGCUGCCUCAACACGGAGGGCCAGCUCAUUAAACUUUCAAACAUUACUAGUUCAUUUGGGAGACACUGGAGAUAUUGCUACGCUAGAUUUUGGCUUGCCUUUUCGGUUUGUCUGAUGUGUGUUCUGAUAUCUAGUCUUGUCAUUUGUCAUGUGAUACUGAAAAAUAGUAUUUCGUUAAAAUACUGGAUGUUGAGAUUAAUAGGGUUUGAUUAUUGUGUUCAACGCCGACAAGAUUAUCUGUAUGACAUAUUCAUUUACUAUUCUCAACAUGAUGAUUAUGAGUGGGUGUGUACCACUUUUCUACAGAAGAUGGAGGUUGAGAGAGGUCUACGACUAUGUAUUCCAGACAGAGACUUCGAAGUGGGCGUUUGCGCAGCUGAGGAAAUUAUUAACUGUAUUCACAACAGCUGGAAGACUGUCCUCUAUGUGACCGAGACUUUCCUUCAGGACGAGUUGUGUUCCUUUACACUGUCAUCUGGGAUCUAUGCAUGCAACAAUAACAUGCCUAAGAGACUAACGCUUCUAUAUUCGGACGCCAUCUUACGUCACCCGCUCCCUCCUCUACUCACUCAGCUCCUGGAUGGAGAUGGUGUGUUUGUUCUGGAGGACUUGGAGGAAAACAACGCCUGGCAACGACUCUUUGAACAUGUUUUGAGAUGGAUCUGAACGUACGUCCUGGAUGUGACGGGUUUUUGUCCACCUUGAUGUCAGAAUAAAUUGUAAAGUUUUGAUUAUUUUGUGAAAAGUCUCUCCCAUUUUGAGUGCCAUCCCUGCUAUUUCAAAAAUAUUUUUGAUGAGAUCGAGGUUUUUAAAAAAUAAUAAAUGUAAUAUUAGCU